AUGGCCCGAGGGGCAGGGAGGGAAAGCAAGGAGAUUGAUGUGUGGUCUCCCCUCUCUCUUUCCAGGUGCUACAUAACUCUGAUGACAGCCCUUCACCUCCACUGGGCAGGAUCUCCCAAAGGCCCUGCCGGCACAGGGAAAACAGCGACUGUGAAAGACCUGGGUAAGGCCCUGCGCUUGUAUGUGAUUAUACUGAACUGCUCCGAAGGCCUGGAUUAUAAAUCCAUGGGGAGCACGUACUCGGGCCUGGCUCAGACAGGAGCCUGGGGCUGCUUUGACGAGUUCAACCGCAUCAACAUUGAGAUGCAGUCUGUGGUGGCCCAGCAGAUUCUCUCCAUUCUCUCUGCCUUGGGCGUCAACAUCACCACCUUCACCUUUGAGGCCCAUAAGAUCAAGCUGGUGUGGUCCUGUGGUAACUUCAUCACCAUGAACCCAGGUGGGAGUGGCCAGGGCUACUGGGUGCCAUGGGGCAGAGCUGCCCAACAACUCAAGUCCAUAUUCUGUCCCAACUCCAUGGUGGUGCCAAACUCCACGCUUAUCGCAGAGAUCAUCCUCUUCAGAGAAGGGUUCAGCAACUGUAAGCUCCUGGCUGAGAAGAUCUACACGCUGUACUCGCUGGCAGUGCAGCAGCUGUCCAAGCAGGACCACUACGACUUUGGCCUGCAGGUGCUGACGUCGCUGCUCCGCUACGCUGAGAAGCAGCACAGAGUGCACCUCAACAUCAACGGCGAAGAGGUUUGUGACUGCCUGCAGCACUUUGCCCGCUGGGAGGAUGGGACGCAGACCCCACUGCCCUGUUCCUUUGGACACUGGGGGCCCCAGAUGACCCAGAACCUGCUGGAGAGAGAGGAGACCUUUCAGAAGCACCUGCACACCCUGCGGAACAGGAAGGGUGGCAGCCUGGACCUUUUCCCUUCUCGCUGCGAAUCCCCACAGCCCUGCGACGCGAGGGUCCGCUCCGGUGUCAAAGACCUGGAGGUGAUGGCCCAAAACUUGAUCACCUCAGCCUUUGAGACGGGUGGCUCCCAGGCUGCUCAUGGGCUCUUCCAGAAGCUUAAGCUGAGCCGGAAGGUCAAGGAUUGGAACAGGGAAAUUAUUGAGACUUCCAAGGUGAAGGUCGAGCAGUUUAAGAGGACGAUGCCCCUGCUCUCAGACCUCAGGAACCCGGCCUUGCAGGCUCACCUGAGGUCACCAUCUGCACCUGCGUUGCUGACCCUCUGGAGAGUGGCUGAAAGCUGCUCCUCCAUAGCGUAA